AUGAAGGGCAAUGGCAAGCGCACCACCCGACGGGGCGUUGCCCAGCGCUCGCGGCUGCCUUUGUCCCUCCCCACGGAAUUGGAACCCAACAACCGCAGCUUGUUCUUGGAACCAUGUGCUGCCGCCGCGUCCGCCGCCGCUGCCGCCGCCGCCGCCACCGCCCAGACACGAGCCUUCCGGUUGCCUCACAGCCGCCCCUGCGGCCACCACAGCCACCGCUUUGUCUCCGCCUAUGCACACGAAUCGGGCUCCCUCGCGCACUCCCCGACGCCCCGAACCCCCGAGGCCUCCGCGGCGCGUUCAGCCAAUCACAGAGCCGCAGCUCCUCCCGCCCCCGCCCUGAAACGACGCGUCCUGAUUGAACUCGAAGAAGCCCUGGCGCGCCCUCCCCCCCUCCCCGGUCUGGUAGGGCGACGGAGCGGGCGCGCGGUCGAUCGAGCGAUCGGUUGGCGGCUCUUUCUCCUGCUCUGGCAUCCAGCUCUUGGGGCGCAGGCCCGGCCGCCGCGGCGCGCGCCCGGUGGCCGUUGGCGCUCGCGCCGAGUCUUUCUUCUCGUCCGCAGAACUCGGGCGGCGGCCUAUGCGUUUGCGAUCCGACGAGGAGUCGUCCGGGUGGUUGGCGGUGGCGGGCAGCUGCUCCGCCCCGCUCCCGGGGAGGCGGCGGCGGGACUUGGCGCGGCCGGGGAAGCGGGGGCGGCCGGGGCCGGCCUGGAGGCCUGGCGCCACCCUUCGGGGCCUGCAAGGACCCAGUUGGAGGGACAGGAAGGGGCUGGGGGAUGGUUGGUGGUGGGCUUUCUACUUUGCCUUUUCCUCCUUAUGCCGCCUUAGUGAGAGGCGGGAGCCCUGGCGGCAGCUCCGGGCCGGGAAACGGGCUCCGGAGUCGGAAGAGCUGGGUUUGCUUCCGGGCCUAGCCACCAGCUGGCCGAGUGACCUUAGGCAAGUCCCUCUGUAAUCUGCGCCUCAGUUUCCUCCUCUGUCGAUGUUUGUGGGAUUAAAAGUGCUUUGUAAAACCACAAAGCGUCAGUGUACAUAAGGGAUCAUUAUUAUUUGUAAAAUUUUCUGAUUUGUAAGAAAACAGCCAUUGCCCAAUCCAUCGAUUUUUUUUGAACCUAGGAACCUUGGAUUGGAGUUGGAAAUCCCCAAACUCCCUGAAAUUGUAUGCAGAAAUUAGUGGGAAUGUGCAUUUUAGGGGGAUGAGGAUCCAUCGCCAACAAGGUUUCAAUGGGAGAUGUCACCCCCAAAGAGUUAACCACAAUCUCUCUAUGCCACAGGGAGGAAACUGAGGCCUAGAUGUCAUUUGAGAUCCUUCACAACCAAUUUGAAGCCCCUGUUUGAAUCCCUGGGAUAUGUGAGCUUUUCUGUGCAUAAUGGAUAUUGGGGUAACAACACUCCACUGCUUGGCUUUUUUCCUGAGUCCUUUCCUUUCCCCGUGGGGGGGUGCCUGAAGGGUGGCUAAUGCAUAUGGUACAGUGGCAUCCAGUAUACAGCAGCUGAAACUAGGAGUGGAUGUGUUCUCUGAUAUCAAGAAACCUAUUUAAUCUUUGGCCCAUUAACUUUGUUGCUGCUUAUACUGGUGCCUGACUACCCUUCUGACUCUCAUUGACCAUUUUUCACGACCACGUUUGCCAUCUGUUACUUGCUCCUAUUUUAUACCCCUAGUCUAUGUGGUUGGUAGUGAGCAGGCUUAUUUUUAAAUGGUGCUGCCAAGUCUAGCUAAUUAAUGGUGCAGGUGGAUUUUUCGGAAGCUGGCUAAGGAACAGACUGAUCCAGGCAUGGAAUUCCUGAAGAUGUUGGGGGGUUAUCUUUAUUAAUUGAAGGUUAACAUUUUCUGAAAAAUUGAGUUUGAACCUGUGCUGAACCUCAGAAUCAGUAGAUUUGGAAGUUUCCCCAAGCUUAACUUUUUCCUGGACUGCUUUGUAUUCUAUUUGCUUGCAAGUGUGUUGCUAAGGUGGCCAAAAAUGCCAGUUUUUUGCUUCUUUGUUAAUUAUCAGCUGCUUUUACCCAGCAAACACUAUAGAAAUGUUUGAACAGUUGGAUUUCAAACAUUUUUGUUUUGUGGAGUGGUGCAACUCUAAGCAAACGAACACACACGAUUAAGUGUAUUUUGUCUGGUUAGGUGUUACCCGGUUCUGCUAUUGCAUACAAAUGUCUGAAAAAAAAAUCAGUUGACUGUUCCCUUUACCUAAAGGGCAGAGACAGAUGAUCUCACUUCCAGAGAAAUAACUUAUUUGGGGGGAAAUGUGUUGGUCUUUUGUAAUAAAACCUGGAUGUACUGCAAACGAAUCUUGAUUGUGGUGAGAAGAUGCUUUUCUCAGCAGAAAAGAGGGACACAAACAUCUGGAACUCAAAGCUUGAAAUUCUGUGACAAAACACGAGAUGUCCAGGAUAGAGGGUUGAAAGGGUUUCACUACAGUGUUUCGCACUAGCUGGAGCCGAUGCCCAUUACUAGCCACGGCAUGGACUCCAGAUUUGCAAGACCUGGGACCUGGAUGCGUUUAUGAGGAUGUGACAGGAACUCUGGAGCUGGAUAUGUUUACUUUGGAGACUAUUGACCUCGCUUUCAGAAGAGAGACGACAACUAACCAAGCAAUGCCACUAGCGCUGUUACUGGGAAUUUGAAGACCUGAGUUUCUGCCAGAUCUCAGUGCAGACUCUGAUGACACUGCAUCCCAAGUGAACUACGAUAGCAAGCCCCUUGGAUAAAAAGGGUCUUCGAAUCUUUGCCCACACAUACUACCACAUGUGAUGAAGCUUUUAAUAGAAAAGAGGAAUUUAGAGAGCAGGCUAUCCCAGAAUGAGCGUUCACCUACAGAUUUGGUACCUGGAUGUCUGUCCGUGGUGAUUUCUGUCACCUUACUACUGAAGAAGAUACCAUUCCAGUGGACCACUGUGACCCAAGGGACAUUCAACCAUCACGAUGUGGUCUUCACCUCCAUUCCUGUCCUUCUCUACCCAGAUUGAGCACCAUCCUUUAUGUGAAGUCAAACUCCUCAAGCCAAAUAGCUGGAACUGUUUCAUCACAACAGAGGCUCAGUUUGUUCCAUGAGUGUGUAUUUUGUUUCUUCAGUUAAAGCCUUCAGAGACACAUAAUAAAUUUGGACCCAGGGGAUUCUUAGUUCUCAACAUUGUCUGGAGAAUGGUAACAUCUUGAGAACAACAUUGGACCACAACCCACAAUCUCAAAUGUUUAUGAAGUUUUGAGGAUCCCAUGCAGGUCACUGGAUGCUAUUCUUUUUCCACGUCAAAUCUGUAGUAUCCUACUGAAUGAGAAAGCAGAUAUUCUGACCCAUUGAGAUUAAAACAAAGGCCUAGUGAAGUCCUCAUAGCAUCUUUGGGAUUAUUCAGGAACCAGAACUUUUCACACAAAUGUAAGGAAUUUUACAAAGGAAUCCUUUACCCAGCAUCUCACAAAGCUUCAAUCAGAUUCCAGAAAAGGCCACUUGAGACAUCCAGGUAGAACCUAUAUGGUAAUCCCUUAUGUUUUUAUCGCACUUUACAGUCUCAAAGCACUUUUACAUGUGUUAAUAUCAGAAUCACAACUAGACUAUAAUCCUGUUUUGUAAAUGAGGAAAUGGGAUUUGAAAGAUUAUCCAAGGGUAUCAAGUGGUAGAGGCCAAACCUUCUGACUCCUGGUCCAGUUCUUUCCUUGGAAUUAAUUUAGCCUCGACCCACAGUGUUAAAAUGACUGCAGGUUGGGAACCCCAGAAAAGUGUUCUAGCUUCCUGAUCUGGUGACAUCAACAGGAUGUCAUAAAUGUAAUACUGUACUAGCUGUCCUAGACCAGAAUUCCAUGGAAACUCCUGAGGUUAAGGAGCAGACUCUCUAUGAUGGUAGAUUGUCCAGUCAACAAGACACAUGUUCAUCUGACAACACUACUCAACAUGAAACAAAGCUACUGUUAGAUUUUUUUGUCUGUCUUUGUAGUCUUCACAAAGAUGGCCUAAUUGAUUGGGGAAUCCCUGUGCAAAUCAUGCCUUUGUUUUGUUAAGUCUUAAGAUCUUAUCGAUGGUUCUUUUAUCCCCUAACUAAUAUUUGUACCAUCCAUUUCAAUCAAUACUGUUCGUGUAUGUGUAUUUGCAUACACAACAUAUAUGUCAUACAUACAGAGCUUUGUAGUCCAGUAAGGUGGUAAAAAUACUAUAAACUGUGUCCCCUCUCUAAUUGAUAAUGCAGUGUAGUGUAUUAAAGGAUAUCAUGAGGCAGCAAAAAAAAAACACACAACUAUCAUUUAGCUGUUUAGUCUGGUAUGUUCUAAGUUUAAUCAAACACAGAAUGUCAUCUUGCAGCAUUCCUUUCAAUGGAAUGAGGCAACUGCUUAAGAGUGGCAUAGCCAGUGCUUCUUGAAUGCCAACAGAUUGCCCUGGAGACCCAGGAAUAAACUGCAUCUUUGACACACACAUCCCUUUUUUCUUAUCAAUAACAGCUUUGAAUUAGUAUGUUUCCAUCAUCUGAGAAUUCUUUAUCUUGACCAUUACCUUGAUUUUCUGUCAAAGAAACCUCUAGAAGAUUUGUGGGAAUACUGGGGAAGGGGUUGGGGGAAAGUUAAUUCAUCCAAAUUUGGAUGGGUUCUAUGACAUACAGUGUUGUAUUUCUCUGUCCCUAGAAUUGUGCUAUAAACCUAGUUCAAGGUCAUUGCAUCUCAUGGGUGAGAAGAUUGGGAAGGGAAAAGAGGAAGUGGGUGGAAAAAAUGGAGAGGAGGGAUGAGGAGAUAUUUUCUUAGAAUUUCUGAGUUGUGGCCCACUGAGAUCUUAUCAGUGCUUGAAAAGAAGUCAUCUAGCAUGGACUUCUUGGAAUAAUAUUUACAAAGAAAUCAGUGCAUUUUGCAGCUGUAUUCUGACUGCAAAAAUGCUACUGCUGUCAUUUAAGACCUUGUUCUCUGAUAGUCAUAAGCCCAAUUUCAGGAAAUGAGAAUUUAUAACAGACUUGAAUGUUAAUUUUCAUAAUUCUAUAAUGUGGCCCACCUUAGGGGAAGAAUGAAUGGGAAAACACCUUGGCUUACCAAAGACUUUGCUUACGCAGUUUCUGGUUUCUGUGACCUGUUUUUUGUAUUUCAGCAUUUUGUGAACAACUUAUUCUUAGAUCAUUGGUUUUCCAAAGGCUUUGUGGCCAUGAAGCCCUUUGGACGAAAGCUGUGGAAGCCCAAAGUAAAAGUGAACUUGCUCUGGACGAAGCAGAGUGGGGGUCCUGAAAUCUGCCACAAGCAUCUUCCUUUAUCGCCAUGGUGACUAAGGAGAGACUUCUUUACAGCACCUAGAAUUCUUCAGAGCACAUUUUGAAAAAACAGUGCCCUAGACAACAAUAUGUUCGACCUGAAUGAUAUUCUGAUCUGUACCUCUACCCAACGCAGUCCAUGUUCAGUUGGUGCUGAACAUUCUUAGGAAUACUUACUAUGGACAAACUCAGAAAAGUGCAAGAACUUUGCCCCUAAGUAGUUAUAUGGGCCAAAAGUGUAUCAAAUGAACCUAAAUUAAUCAUGCUCUACCCCCAUAUGGACUUACAGUAAUUCCUGGGUUUGGAUAUAGACAAUAAACCAUAUGUACUCUACACUGACAAACCCCGUUACCCAACUUCUUUCACAAACACCAGAUGCUCUAGUGGUACUUGAAAUAUGUGAAUCUGAAGUCUUGAUCCUCCUUGGAUACCUGAAUUGCCAGGUAUUGAAACUGAUGCCUCACUGAGGCCAUAGUAGACCAACUUGUUCAUCGGACCUCCCAUCAUCAACCAUGGUACUCUACUUCAUGUGCAAGGGAUAACAAUUAACUAUGAAAGCAGAAUUCAAAUUCUGGCAACAUUAACUAAAAGGGUACCUGGUCUUAUCAUUCAUCUUAUUCUCAAACUACAAGUCACUAUGACUCAAUCAGUGGCAGUAAUACUACUGCUUGGUUUUUAUUUACUUUUAACUGCUGUUUCCUGGAUAAAGGAGCUAAUAACAUUUAAUAAGCUAAAACAAUUCCUCCACCAUCGGCAUAUCUGCUCGGCAUAUUCUGCUCUAGAAUUAUAAAUACUCUGCUCUAACUACAUGUAAGACCUGAUCCACAGGAGACCAUCUUUGAACAUCUUUUCUGAUGUGAUUUAAAAUGUGGCCAUUUGGGAAGUUUUCUUUUAGCCAGUGAAUGUUUUUCCUUUAAGAUGGGUCUUGAUGUCUAGUACCAUCAACUGUAGAUAUUAGGGAUAUUUUGAGGUAGGCACUUGCUGAGAAUCUCAAAUUGUGUAUAAUCUUUUUUGCUGGAAAUGUAGACUGACUUGAAAAAAAAUCUACAAAUCCUUCAGCUAAGGAUUUUGUCAGUAGACUCAAGCUUCCUGUUGUGCUUCCUAAUGUCACAAGACCACAGUCCCUUGUCCUUGUGGAUAUGUUCAUGGAGUUUUACCUGUCUCAGUACUGUUUUAAAAACACUGAUUCAGAGUGGCCAACUUCAUUCCUCAGGCAUUGAGACAACUUACCUGUUUCUGCAGGAAGGAUUCAGUUUGUGAACUUUCAGACCAAAUCAUGUUAAACAAGUAGACUUUGAAAUCUUAUUUACUUCACAGUUGACUUAAGGGCCAGAUGUCCUCAACUACUUUAACGAAUGCACUGGUUAAAUGUUGGGAAUGGUUUCUUUAUAUGUCUCUUAUCCACUAGACUAAUUAUGAGAACAUGACUCAGUCUUCAAAUCAUCAAUCUAGGCCUAAGCCUGGUUACUCUAGACUGCUUACCGUCAACAAAUAAAGAUAAAAUAAUGACCAUCCUGCUUGUAUAUACAACUAUUAUUUGUAAAGAAGAAAUCUGCAAACCCAGCGUUUUUUAGUACCUUCCAAAUAGCUAGGUUUUUCUUCUGUACAGGAAAAGACAUUGAUCUACACUGCCAGUUAUUCCCGUUAUUCCUGUCAGACUCAGUCAAAAUGAGGGGCUUAAGGUGAGGAUGAUCAUCUUUCAAGAGUCUAAUGAACAUUGUUUGAGAAUCGAUGUUUGAAAAAGCAAAAAAACCUAAAAUUCAAACCUAAGCUCUUACCUACUAUCUCCAUGCCUCAGAUCUCAUCUAAGUCUAGCAGCACCAUUCAACUAGUUUGAGGCCUUGACUUGUGUUUGAUUGCCAGAGAUGUGCUGAAUUAUAGAAGAUGGAGAUUUUGAUUACCAAAGAAAGUAGUGCCAAUCUUGAUGAACGCUAUUAUUCCCAGGUGUAGGAACAGACACCUGAACAACCUCACGUCUGGACUGAGAAUAUAGCCUGAGCUGAAAAUUCUUAUUGGGCAAAUGAGCAGGAAGGUGAAAGCUGCUGUACCCGACUGGCUAUUUAAGAUCUGAAAAGUGUAUCCAGAAUAAACACUAUGGAUUAAGCCUGGAGUAAUCCAGGUAAAAACUAAUUUACAGAACUUCAAUAUUAAACUACAUGUUCUUCCUUAUACCCUUGUCAUUGGUAUAGCUGGCCCUGCUGAAGGUACCCUACUUACUUAUUUAUCUUUCUCAGCCCUUGCCUGCCUUUUUUGACACAUUGCUGCAAUCAAACUUGCUGUCCUGGAACAGACUACAACUGAUCUCAGCCUACCUUAUACCUAAUUCCACCAAGGAGUUUUGAACUGAAGCAGCCUGCACCUCACUCCACCAGGAGUUCAUGUUCUCAACAGGAAGGACCGUGCUGUAUACUUUUUGACCAGCAUCAGUCCUUUUUUUUAAGUGCAGAGUAAGCCUCAGCCUAUAUUUGAUCAUUUUCAGCACCUGGAGCUCCUUCUACCAGAUCUGAAGGAGUAUAGCAGAUAAAAAGCACUGUCAAUUUCUCUCCUGCAGUAAUACAGAAAUUGAGUCUGAAUCAACAGCACAGAAAUGAGAAAUGUUCAACUUGGCAAAAGACUUGAACACAAAAGAUUUCCAGGAAUUUCAAAUUUACCACUGACUUGAAUAGCCUCACAGAACUACUUUCCAUUGGGAGACUAGUCGUCUUGCAUUAUGUCAACUAGAUCAUUGAGCUCUCGGACUCUUAAUACUUAUAUUGGAACCCUAUGGUAUCAUCCAGAGUAUGUUACUGGACAUGAUUAUUCCAUACAAAUGGAUUAUAAGCUUCCUGACGACAGGACAUACUCAUGAUGUGUGUGUUUUUCAGAAUACUUUUAUCAAGAAAGAAUAACGCCAGCUGUUACAAUUCAACUUUAUGAGCAGAGAUUAAGCUUUUUCAAUAUCCAAUGUUAUCACUGAUAUCAGUUAUUUUUAAUUGGCCAGCAUUUAUUCCAUCUCUUCCUAACAACUCCCUGAUGUUUCUUGGAACCAUAUCUCCCUAUUUUCAGUCCACAUAGUCCAGACAGUCUGACCUAACCUUAGGGUUCAUGUGUGGACAUGAAGUUCAGACCUGAUCAAUCGGCAUAGUUCAUCUCCUUGAUCAUAGUGAUUGAUUCGAUUCAGGAAUGGUCAUGUGAUUCAAGUUGAUCCAGUGAUACUCAACCCUAGGAGUUUACUGAACAGUGGAAGAGGAAAAGCUCAGAAACUCUGUAUUUACUGAGGUUGCUUACCUUUGUAGGAUGAACAAGCUCAAACCAGCAAGGUCCACCAUAUAAAAUGAGCCAGUGAGAGAAUGAAGCCAGUGCAGAGGAAAGCGGAGCCAAAUGAUGGAGAGACUUGAGUCCUGAUGACAAUGUGCUCCUAGAUCCAUCCGUGCCUGAAGCGAGUAUAUCCUCUGGAUUUUUCAGUUUUGUGAACCAAUAAAUACCCUUUUGUUUAAGUUA